AUGGCCCCUGAGCGAACUCAACUCGGCCCACUGGACUCAUGGAAUCGCCCCAAGAUUCCACGGAUCAAAUAUGUAGAAAGAGAGCAGGACUUCCCCGAUGAUGCCGAGACAGAGUGGAGUUCGAGAGUUGUCAACGGAAGCUACACCUCCCUGAUCGGAAUCAACGUCCAAGGCCUCGCACCCAAUUCAAAUUCGACUUUCGAUGCUGCACAUCAGUACAUAUCUCUGGAUUGCAAGUCACGAUUCACCGGAACUGUGAACGAAACUGUGGAACAUCUAGACUUGUACUUUCCCAACCUGUAUCCAAGCAUCAACUUCACGGCCUCGGACCCUUUCGAUCAACUUUUCUCGUUUCCUCCAGAAAACAACGUACAGCUUUAUGAAUGGACAUAUGGGGGGAAUGCCGCAUUCUUCAGGUUUGGGACCGAGGAUAACACCCGCUCUAAUGCCAGCGCUUCAGAAGCCGAUGGUCGAGUUUUACAGUUUUUGUUUGGACUUCCUGAACCCCGAUCCGGGUACUCGGCAAGAGAGGGUCUGACAGUUGUGUAUCAAUGUGCUCCAAAUCUCGUCAGAGUAGAUGUCCACACAUCCUGUCAAAACAACAUCUGCGAAAUUGAAAAGAUUCGCCGAAGCCAGGCGAUAUCAUCUGAAGCAAGAGAAUGCGAAGGCGACUUUGACCGCCGUCUCCAAUGCCUCACAAUUGACACCAAGAGCUUGAGGAAUUUCGUAACCUCAGGUGGAAAAGCAACGUGGUGGUUCUUUUCUCAACUACAAGAUGCGAUGCGAGAUACUAAGGGUGUUCAGAAUGACCUGGUAUCGGAACGGCUCACCCUUUGGUUCAAUACCUGGUGGCAGGCUGGUGCUUUUCCGUCCUCAGCCACGGUGCGGAACCCUUACGAUGUUCCUUCGCAGAAAGUUGUUGAUGACACGACCAAUGCCGGUGGAUAUUGGAUGAUCCCGGCGAAUGCGACCUUCUCCACCAAGUUCCCUGUCUACCGAAGGAAUAAAGCUUGGAUCGGCACACUUCUCUUCACCUCCACCGUAUUGCUCCUUAUGGGCAUCCUGAAUAUCGCCAUCUACUUAACAACAUUAGCCCCAGAUUAUUUCACAUACAUCUCAGCCUUCACACGCGACAACCCAUACGUCAAAGUUCCGGAAGGCGGCAGCGGCCUCUACGGUUCUGAACGCAGCCGGCUUCUGCGGAAGAUGAAAGUGCAGAUUGCGGAUGCGAAGCCGGAGAGCGAUGUUGGCUACGUGGUACUCAAGAGUGUUGAGGAUGAAACGGAGUUCGCGAGUGGGCAACUACGUAAAGGCAGGCUGUACGAGUGA